UUCCUCUUUUGCUCACUGAUGUGGUUCUUCUUCAGGACGCAGCCUCGGAGAAGUCUGCUCUGUUAGCCUGUCAAAGAAGACCAACGACGCAAACCUUAACAAACUAAUAUGAGCACAGUUUGUUGCUCGUGUUGACUUGUCUUCUGUUAUAAAGACUAAAGUCAGUAGAAACCUCGUGCUGAGCCGUGGAGCUUGUGCAAGACGGCUUCAAUGCAUCCCCUCAUGUAUGUGACUGUGUGUGUAUGAGAGAGAGACGAGAGACAGAAAGUGAAAUGUGUGUGUAGGCGAUGACGGCGAUGUGUGUCUCUGCGCUGUAGCAUACCUGCUGUGUGUGUGUUUGGGCGUGUGUGGUGAGUGUUUCCGUGAUGUCGGGAGACACCAGCACCCUGUCCUGGAGGAGCAUGUCUCCCACCGGCCAGUCAGACAGCUCGGACAUGUCUCCCACGACAACUGUCGGCAGGAACAGCAUCUUGCCGGUGAAGAUCAUCAAAGUGUGUUUCCAUAGCAACAGCUCCAACCUGGGCAAGAACUUCAAACUGGUCCGCUGUGAGGAGGGCAGAACUGUCAGGGAUGUCAUCAGCGUGGUGCUGACCAGCGGCUGUGUGGGUCCGGAGAUAAAACACAGCCUCUGCUACGGCCUCCUCCUCAAACACCUCAAGUCCUCAGAGAUGCACUGGCUGCACCCGGACCUGACGGUGUCUGAACUCACCCAGCGCUACGAACAGCAGCACCUGGAGGCUGAGUGGAGAUAUGACCUGAGGAUCAGAUACAUCCCAUCAGACUUCAUGGAGAAGUUCAGAGACGACAGAACCACUAUGCUCUAUUUUUACCAGCAGGUGCGCAGUGACUACAUGCAGCAGUACGCCUCCAAAGUCAGUGAUGGGAUGGCUCUACAGCUCGGUUGUCUGGAGAUCAGGAGAUUCUGCAAAGACAUGAAUCCAAACGGACUGGAGAAAAAGUCCAACUUUGAACUAUUGGAGAAGGAUGUGGGGCUGGACCUGUUCUUUCCCAGAGAGCUGAUUGACAGCAUGAAGCCCAAGCAGCUGCGACGGCUGAUCCAGCAGACGUUUCAGGGCUACUCGACUCUGAAGCAGGACGAGUGCAUGGCCAAGUUCUUCACCACUUUGUCUCAGUGCUACAGCUUCACAAAGGAGAGCUUCGUCUGCCAGCUGGUGCAUGGCUGGAAUGUAGCAAUAGACCUGGUCAUCGGCCCUGAAGGCAUCAGUCAACAAACUGAGAACUCAGCACCCGUCUGUCUGGCGGUGUUCUCUCGGGUGCGCAGUAUCUCCUGCUCUGCGGGGAAUGACGGUCGGGCCCUGCUCACUGUGCACAUAGAGGGAGCCGAGCAGCCGCUGUCAGUGAACACCUCCUCGCUGGCCGUGGCAGAGAACAUGGCCAACCUGAUUGACGGCUACUGUCGCCUGGACGGCAGCACCGAGAGCUCGCUCAUUAUCAGACCCUGCAAAGGGAGAGACACAAGACUGAAACUCCCCGACAUCCCAAGAUGCGGUGGUUCUAGUGGUCCUGUUAAAAGUUUGGGCUCUGAUAUUUAUGCUGAGAUCCCAGAGGGCACAGCAGACACUGGCGACAAAUACAAGAUAUCCAGAGAUGACGUCGUCGUGCGUCAGAUCCUGGGCGAGGGAUUCUUCGGAGAGGUUCAUGAUGGAGUGUAUAAAAGCUCAACAGGGGAUAUCCGUGUAGCUAUCAAAACAUGUAAGGACUGUUCACCUGACGUGAAGGAGAAGUUUCUCAGUGAAGCUGGUUUGAUGAAGAAUCUGGAUCAUCCUCACAUUGUGCGUCUCAUCGGAGUCAUUGAGGUCGAUCCCGUGUGGAUCGUCAUGGAGUUGUAUGAACAUGGAGAGCUGGGGAACUAUCUCGUGCAGCAGCAGUACAUCUUGACAGGAGCGACGUUAAUCCUGUUCUGUGUGCAGAUCUGCAAAGCCUUGGCUUACCUGGAGGGACUCAACAUGGUGCACAGAGACAUCGCUGUGAGAAAUGUCUUGGUGGCGUCGCCUGAAUGCGUCAAGCUCGGGGACUUUGGCCUGUCUCGCUACGUUGACGACCAGGAGUAUUAUAAAGCCACUGUUAGUCGAUUACCAAUCAAAUGGAUGGCACCUGAAUCCAUCAACUUCAGACGCUUCACCACAGCCAGUGAUGUCUGGAUGUUCGGUGUGUGCGUGUGGGAGAUCUUCUCAAUGGCCCAGCAGCCGUUCUUCUGGCUGGAGAACGGGCAGGUGAUCAACCAGCUGGAGUCCGGAGUUCGACUCCCCAAACCGCAGUUCUGCCCGCCCACCAUCUACUCCCUGCUCACCCGCUGCUGGGCCUACGAGCCGGGGGCCCGGCCUCGCUUCAGCCAGCUCGUCUGCUUGCUCAGUGACAUCCACAGGAUGGAGUUGGAGCAGGAGCAGGACGUGAAGCCGGGCAGGGAACAUGCAUUUAACUCCAACCACACAGACCCUCCACCCAAGCCAUCCAGAAUACAAGGCAACACAAUUCCUCGGGUCUCGCAGGUACAGGCAAGAGAGAGGGAUAACAGGCCAGUGUGGGAGAAAGAGAGAGCACAUGUGGAGAACACUUUACAAAGACAAAGAAGAGAGAUGAUGAUGGAUAAACAAUGGCUGGAACAGGAGGAAAGACAACUGGAUCCAAUUGUGCGACAGGAUUCACAAACCAAGCCUGUCCCACAAAGCCCAGAAAACGGUCCUCCAGAGAAGCCCCCAAUGCCUCCCAUAGUCACACAGCCUCGCCCCACAGCAGAGCUGGACCGAUCGGGCGAUGAGGUUUACACUCGCGUCAUGCUCAUGGUGAAACAGGUGGUCCAGCUGAAGAAUGAUGUCAACACGCUGCCCGCCUCCGAGUAUCCCAGCGCUGUCAAAGCGGUGGGUGUCACUCUUCGUAGCCUGAUCCAAAGUGUUGAUGAGAUCCUGCCCUCCCUGCACAGCUCUGUCACCACAGAGAUCGAGGGCACUAAGAAACUGCUGAACAAAGACUUAGGGGAGCUGAUCAAUAAGAUGCGACUGGCCCAGCAGAACUCUGUGACGUCACUGAAGGAGGAGUGCCUGCGGCAGAUGCUGGCGGCCGCUCACACUCUCGCACUCGACUCCAAAAACCUGCUGGAUGCUGUGGACCAGGCCCGGGUCAGGGCCAACCUGGCCAAGCCCAAACCUGAGACAGAAGAUGCAAAAGACUCAGGUCCACAGAUCCCAGUGUCUCAGCUGCUCAGAGCGCCUGCUGGCCAAUUAACGCUGGAGCUUCAUGAGGAGGAUGGCCCAGGUUCGACGCUGCUGCAGAAGAAAAGAAGUGUGCCUGCCAUGAUCAAGACUGUCGAUCAAAAUGCAGAAGAGCUCAACACGAGAGCCAGACAGAAAAUCAAGUGAGAGUCGAGCAACAGUCGGCGUCAAUCAACCCCCAGGUCCCAGUUUACUGAGAGUCAACCAGGGGCCGAGUCCCUCUCAACCAGACGUUGACUGACAGCAGCUGG